UUACCGCGACACUGAAAGUUUUAAAGUACGCAGCUGCAAGGUGUCAAGGAAGAGUCAUUUUGGCCUGCUAACUACCCUAAUGUUUUAAAAACACGGCGUCUAGACAUAUCGUUUCCGGCUAUUUCACUGUAAACAACAACAUUCAUGGCGUAUGUGACGUUUUUACUCCACAAAUGCGACCUGUUCAGUCCGCAGGAGAAGUUAUUUAUGGCCCAAAAUGACAGGCCGGCAUUGAUGCCAGACGUGCUGCCUCCUCCUCAGCCUGUGGAGGGGCAGAGGGGUCAGGAGAGAGACAGAGAGAGAUGGGGGUCCACACCAGUCAGUAAAGGAUUGCUGUAAUUGGAGGUGGAGCGGGGAGCAAGAAAGAGGGCAGCCAUCUUGGAUUUCUCAUCUUUGCCUGACAAGAUACAUUAUCCUUUUGAAUUCCUCUUUCUAAAGCGUUUCACUUGCCCUGGCAAACAUGAAUCCAGCCUUGAGACAUUAGACGUCCUCUGUCCCCUUGACCUCACCAUGCCGGCGUGAUGUGACCCCCGCAGCGACCCAGUCAUCCGUGAGCUGCAGUGAGAAUUUCUACGGAAACUGUGACCAGAGCAGCCGGCGGACACUGGAGGAGUCAGUUUCCCCUUCACAUCGCACGGGAUCACAGGAACAGGAGAGCUCAUCCUCCUCCUCAUCAUCAUCACCAUGUCGGUAACGCAGGCUCGAGUGGCGGCAUCCUCCCUUCAAUUAUGCAGGAUCAUGCGCCCAGAUGAUGCCAACAUUGUGGGCAACGUCCACGGCGGCAUCAUCCUCAAGAUGAUCGAGGAAGCUGGAUGCAUCAUCAGCACGCGACACUGCAACACACAGAAUGGGGACCGCUGUUUGGCAGCUCUGGUUCGGGUGGAGAAGACAGAGUUCCUGUAUCCUGUGUUCAUCGGCGAGGUCGCCCACGUCACCGCUGAGAUCAUGUACACCUCUAAGCACUCACUGGAGGUGCAGGUCAAAGUCAUGGCCGAGAACAUCCUCACAGGUACCAAAAAGCUGGCCAACAAGGCAGCGUUGUGGUACGUCCCCUGCUCUCUGCAGAAUGUCGACAAGAUCACAGAGGUGCCGCCCAUCAAGUAUGCCAGCGCAGAACAAGAGGAGGAGGGAAGAAAGCGCUAUGAGGCUCAGAAGAUGGAGAGACUGGAAACCAAGGCUAGGAUUGAAGAGGUGGUGCCAUAUCCAUCUAGCCCAGAGGAUACAACAAAAGAGCAGCACACGGUUGGCUUCAGCCAGUCCAGUCUGAUCCAUUUGGUGGGUCCCUCUGACUGCACACUACAUGACUAUGUUCAUGGAGGUGUGACCAUGAAGCUGAUGGAUGAGGUCGCCGGCAUUGUGGCAGCUCGGCACUGCAACACCAACAUUGUCACUGCCUCUGUGGAUGCCAUCAACUUCCAUCGCAAGAUCAAGAAAGGCUGUGUGGUGACAGUGACAGGGCGGCUCACUUUCGUCAGUAACAAGUCUAUGGAGAUUGAAGUGGUGGUAGAUGCCACCUCACUGGUGGAGGAAGAUAAAGGGAAAUAUCGUGCUGUCUCUGCCUUCUUCACCUUCAUCUCCCUGGACAAGGAAAAUAAGCCUCUGGCUGUCCCUCCUCUUAAGAUUGACGGAGAGGAGGAGCAGAGACGUUUUGAAGAGGGCAAAGCACGUUACCUCCAGAAUAAAGCCAAGAGACUUGCAGAUAAGGAGCGCCUGCAGUAAUGCCGUAACUCACCACAACUGAACGCCUGCAGCAACAGUAUAUCAAUCCCUCAUAACACAUACAGUAUGAAGGAAAUAUGAAGAACCAUCUCUCCUCUUAAUCCUCUGUAAUUGUAACCUCCUAUUAAACCUAAACCUGUGAUGAUUUUUUUCUGUGCUACGCACCAAAGUGUACGCUUAUAGCUAUAUAUGUAUGUAAGAGUACAUAUUUUAUUUUGGGGAGAUUUUUAUUAAUGUAUGAAGACUAUUUAUGAUCACUGUCAGGGCAAAGCGACAGUCUGACUGUAUUCAGAAGCAAGAGUACUAUUUUGUUUUAAUGAGAUUUUUAAGUAUGAAGACUUCAUGAUCAGUGUCAGUGCAACAAAGUGAUAGUCUGAGCGUAAGGAAAAUGAUGAGUAAGUGAGUGAAUAAUAAUGAAUAAAAGAUCCAAGCUUGA